CGCAAAUAACGACCAAUUUGUAAAAAUUUGGUUUCUUUAUUAAACUUUCAAUUGUUAAUCAACAAAUAACUUGUAUUUAAUAUAUUAAAUUGAACUUAUAUUACUUUUAUUAAAUAUUGUUGAAUACAAACAUUUGAUAAAUCAGAAUUAAGUUGUAUGACAAUCAGCGUAUCAAUACUUAGACCAAGUGCUUACAAUUUUAUAAAGUGGAUUGAUUGACAUUUCAUAAAUAUUAUAAAUCAUUGAAAUUAGUUUCAAAUAUUUAUUUAAACGUUGGCAUAAUUUGCAAACGUCUUCUACACAUUUAAAAGUUUAAUGGACUAUCCGGGAGCAAUGUAUGGUGCUACAGAAAAUCUUCAAGUUCAACCAGAAGUUCAGCAAUGGUUUGCUGCAGUAGAUAGAGAUGGUAGUGGCAAAAUAAGUGCAACUGAAUUAAAAGCAGCUCUUGCUAAUGGUCAAGGAGGAACUUUUUCUGACAGAGCAUGUAAUCUAAUGAUUGGAAUGUUCGAUAAAGAGAAAAAAGGCACAAUUGAUCUGAAUGAAUUCCAAGCUCUUUAUAAUUAUAUAAAUGCCUGGUUAGGUGUGUUUCGAGGUUUUGAUCAUGAUAACUCUGGAGCUAUUCAAGAAAAUGAACUUUCAGCAGCUUUUACUCAAAUGGGUUACCGAUUUAGUCCUGAAUUUAUAAAAUAUUUAAUUCAAAAAAGUGAUUUUAAUAAUCAUGAAAGUAUAACAGUUGAUCAAUUUAUCGUAUUAUGUGUUCAAAUUCAGAGAUUUACAGAGGCAUUUCGUAAUAGAGAUACUGAUCAAACAGGUGUAAUAAAUAUCGGCUUUGAAGAUUUUCUUAACGUAGCCCUUAGCUGCAGUAUUUAAUCAAGAUAAUUUUUAUUAAAAAAAUUCCAAGCUUCCUUUUAUCGUGUUACACAGCAAAUAAAUCUAUUUUUUAAAUGAA